CUUCUACGCAGCGUACGCUUCCAAACUGCGGAAGAUACUUUGGCGGUCUUCUCGCUUUUUAAAGCUAAUACAAGGUAUCUAACAUACCAGAUAAUAAAUAACUCACUCUCAAGUCGCUCAUUACCAGCUAUCUUCUUACUCCGCCUCCUCUUACCCUCCUCCCCAAUCCCCUGCAUCGCUUGUCCGAGACAGCUCCGUGAGGGCCAUUUGUUCAAUUGCGAUGGAAUAUGGAUCCAGACCAUGAUGUGAACCGCAACCUGGACCAAUUAAGCCGGUUCAGUCUCUUUUUCCCUUUACCUUACCGGGUGGCCAUCGUACUAGUUGCAGGGGUUUGGGGAUGGGGACUGAACCUCCAUUACUUAUCAGCUGUCAAAAUUGAUGUUCCGGCCUUGAUUCGGUACCCGUCUCGAUCGUCCAUUCACCAGGUGCCCGUGUACCGUUCCACAUAUCACCUUGCAACUUUACUUUCAAUCCCACUUGUGAUAUCCAUCCUAUUUUUCUGGUCUGUGACACAUGGCUCCGCGGAGCACGUUAUCGCCUGGGAAAUAAUCCCGCAAUCCUACCUCUUCCUCUUCUUCGUCCUCCUAAUCUUCCCCCUUCACCGGCUCUCCCGCACUGGACGACACAGGUUCGUCGUUGCGUUGAAGCGGAUUAGCAUUGGCGGGCUUGCGGAGACUCAAGAUGGGAAAUUUGGCGACAUAAUACUUGCGGAUGUUCUGACCAGUUAUUCCAAAAUCCUGGGAGACCUCUUCGUCAGCGCCUGCAUGUUCCUUUCAUCCGACGCAUCUAGCACCGGUAUUCCGAAUAGGAAAUGCGGCGGCCAAAUUGCUGUUCCCCUGCUUAUUUGCAUCCCCAACGCAAUUCGACUCAGGCAGUGCCUGAUCGAGUUUGGCCGGGUGCAAAGGGGAAACAGGAGCGUGGAUGGUUGGGGUGGACAGCACCUUGCAAACGCGCUCAAAUACUCGAGCGCCUUUCCUGUAAUUUUAUUAACUACAUUGCAACGCAAUCAUGUCCCGGCUACCUCCUCUAUGAGUGCAGAAAGCCUACAUCGAUUAUGGAUUCUAUCCGCGCUCGUUAACUCACUUUUCACAUUCUACUGGGACGUCGCCAAAGAUUGGGACCUCACGCUAUUUUCCGCGCUGAACCACCCCAACGACCCGGACCACCCGUUCGGCCUACGUCGCCACCGGUAUUUCUACGCGAACGAAAUGUACUAUUCAGCUAUUGUCAUCGACCUAAUUUUACGAUUUACAUGGGUUUCUCGGCUUUCUGCUCGUUUGGACUGGGUGAAUGAUAUAGAAGGCGGCGUUUUUGCGCUCAUGCUCCUUGAGGUUGUUAGGCGGUGGAUUUGGAUAUUUUUCAGAGUUGAGACGGAGUGGGUCCGGAAUAACCUUGGCCCAGCACCGGAUGAUAUACUCCUAGGCGAAUUUAACGGCAAGAUAGACGAAGAUUAAAUAAUAGAUGGAUCAAACGGACAGCGGGAAAGAGGCUGCUACUCUCCAGCUUGUCUUGUCACCCUUUUUCUUUCUCUUUAGCGUCUACAAACUUUUUGAGCUUUUUGAGAUAACAUUCCAUGUACAUGUGCUUACAGUACAUUAUAUCCUUCUUAUUUUAUAUAAUUUAUAUUUCGGUUUACUUUGUAUAAUAUCUCUUUUUGUUGUAUUUUCGAAUGGGGCUCGAACUUGCUAGUUCUCUAAUAAUUUCUCCAGGCCCAUCCCAGUCAACAGUAGUCUAUAGAGUACCAUAGCAAAUGUAAAACCCUAGCUGGAAACAAACUCAGAUCAAAACCCAGGGAGAAAAUGACGCCCAUGAAAAACAUUACUACAGUUACUUUGUGAGCGAAACGAGGAAUGAAAGAGUUCGAAUCUAAUAUAUGAGAUUUAUACGGUUGUAAAGAUAGCCAAGCUAUUUAUAGAGGAUACAUACAAAAUUCGGUGGGGGCGGAAGGCAAGCGCAUAC